UUUCCUUUCGCUGCUGCGUCGGCAGCCAUGAGUAUGCUCAGGCUACAGAAGAGGCUUGCCUCUAGCGUCCUCCGCUGUGGUAAGAAGAAGGUCUGGUUGGACCCCAAUGAGACCAAUGAAAUCGCCAAUGCCAACUCCCGUCAGCAGAUCCGGAAGCUGAUCAAGGAUGGGCUGAUCAUCCGAAAGCCUGUGACUGUCCAUUCCCGGGCUCGAUGCCGGAAAAACACUUUGGCUCGACGGAAGGGCAGGCAUAUGGGCAUAGGGAAGCGGAAGGGUACUGCCAACGCUCGGAUGCCUGAGAAGGUGACCUGGAUGAGAAGGAUGCGCAUCCUGCGCCGACUUCUCAGGAGAUACCGUGAAUCCAAGAAGAUUGACCGCCAUAUGUAUCACAGCCUGUAUCUGAAGGUCAAGGGGAAUGUCUUCAAAAACAAGCGGAUUCUUAUGGAACACAUCCACAAGCUGAAGGCAGACAAGGCCCACAAGAAGCUCCUGGCUGACCAGGCUGAGGCUCGCAGGUCUAAGACCAAGGAAGCCCGAAAGCGCCGGGAGGAGCGUCUCCAGGCCAAGAAGGAGGAGAUCAUCAAGACUCUGUCCAAGGAGGAAGAGACCAAGAAAUAAAACUUCCCUCGUGUGUGUACAUAGUGGACUGCCUGUGGCUUCAGGUGGAUCAGUCAUUAAAAUAAAACAAGCCUUAAAAAAAAAA